AUGAAUAUUGAUAAAGAAUCUCAAAAUAGUCCACCGACGCCUACAACAAACCAACCAAAAACUAUUGAUUUGGACAAACAAGAAGGCGACAAUGUUCAACAUAAAAAGAAAAGGAAAGUUGGAGAAGCGGAUGAGUCUAAAGCUGAUGAUUCUAAUGCUGGAGAUUUAGGUAAACUAAAACCUUGUAGGCCUAAAUCUUGGGUUUGGGAUCAUUUUACAAAAGAUGAAUCCGGUACUCGGUCUAAAUGUAAUUGGUGUAUGAAAUCUUAUGCAGCUGAUUCACAUAAGAAUGGAACCUCAAAUUUAAAUAAGCAUUUGAUGCAUCAAUGUAAAAAAAUUACCAAACAUGUUCUUGAUCCUAGUCAAACCACUUUUAGCCUUCAAGAAGGCUCUAAAGUAAAUAUUAAUGCACUUGUUGGUAUCCAUUUUGAUAUUGAAUUGUGUAGACAAGCUUUAGCUAGAAUGAUAAUCGUGGAUGAAUUGCAUUUUUCUUUUGUUGAGAACGAAGGAUUCUGUCAUUUUAUGAGUGUUACACAACCUAGGUUCCCACUUCCAGGAAGGAUUUCAAUUUCUAGGGAUUGUUUGAGUCUUUACGUGAGUGAUAAACAUAAGUUAAGAAGCAUGUUUACUAAAACAAAUCAAAGUGUUUAUCUAACAACUGAUUCUUGGACUUCUGUGCAAAAUACUAAUUAUAUGGUUCUUACUGCGCAUUACAUUGAUCAAGACUGGAAGUUGCAUAAAAGGAUUCUCAACUUUUGUCCAAUAACUUCUCAUAAAGGGGAGAUAAUUGGGAGAAAUAUUGAAAAGUGUUUGGAGGGUUGGAUGAUAGAUAAGGUUUUCAUCAUCACAGUUGAUAAUGCUUCUUCAAACGAUGUUGUUAUCGCUUACCUAAAAAAUAGAAUGGAGGAUUGGAAUUCACAUCCAUUAAAAGGGGAGCAUUUACAUAUUAGAUAUUAUGCUCACAUUCUUAACCUUGUUGUCAAUGAUGGGUUGAAGUUGAAGCACAUGUAUUCUUCGCUUUCCAAAAUUAGGAGAGCGGUUCAGUAUGUUCGUCAGUCACCUGGUCGUUUAGAUAGGUUUAGGACAUGUAUUAAAGAAGUUAGGAUACAAGACAAGUCUACUGUGAAGUAUGAUUGUCCCACUAGGUAG